GCUGUUGUUGCGAUGUAUCACUCGAGCAGGACGCUCUUCGAAACUUCAUGAGCUUGCCUCGUGAAGCGCGAUGCGGAAAGCAGCACAAGAGGGCUGAAUACUUAUCGCGUAACAGCCGGUGCUGUACUCCCUCGACUGAUUGCAAGUACUCUUGCUCUCGACCGGCAAUUCCGGUGACGAUCUGUGAGCACAUCAUAGACCUCGUCGCCGAAGACCACCCCUGCUGCUGGUUCCAGGUUCGGCGCAAAGAAGUAUCGGAUACCCUCAAAGCGUGCUCCCUUGUUGCUCGUUCGUGGGCUCCCCGAAGUCAGUACCAUUUAUUCCGCGUUCUCAAAGUGGAUCUCUCCCCUGGCGCACCAUCGCCCGCAGAAGCCCUCGAAAUCAUCUCAGCUAUCCUAGAGCGCGUCGAAGCUAUCUCUGUGGGUGCAUCGGCAGAUCAUCCAGCUCUGUAUCGAACGGCCAUCCAGCUUCCUUCACAGCUCAAUCGUAUUAGACAUCUUCAGCUUUGCGACGGUGCCUUCUAUCUUCCCCCAGGGCCGCCUGUCGAAAUUUGCUUUCGCAAGUUCAUCGCAGUCACAGAGCUAUCGCUCUGUCGUAUCACAUUCCACACUGCUCAGGAUAUGCAACGACUCAUAUCUGCGAUGCCCAGCGUCGAAAAACUCGCACUCUCUGAUCUACGCUGGGCGCUCCCCGACAGGCCGCUUGCUAGCGGUUUGCUCUUUCACUCAACUCCCAUCCGUCUUAGGCAGCUGGUAGUGCACGCAUACGGGAGCUGGAUUAAGCAUUGCUACACCGGAUACAUCUUCACCUGGCUAGCACAAUCGGGCGCGCUUGUAGACCUCAAUCGCGCGUUUAUACACGUCAAGGCGAGUAGUGAGCUAGACCUCCAGAGCAUGUCCACUCUUGGGGUCCUCUUCCACGGCCUGUGGAGCUCCACACCAGGAACGAGUUUACAGCUCAUUUUUGUGCUCGAUAUUCGUGAGUAA